UGAUUCCCAAGACAAAAUUGUGUGCUUCGUAUCGCCUUGUUUCUUUUAUUGUACACGCGCUUUGUUACCUCUUCUCCUCUUCAAUUCAAUUUUGCCUCUACCUAGUCUUGGGUCUCUACGCUCUAAUCAGAUGGCGGCCAUGGCGCUGCUCUGUGCGCUCCUUCAUUCACUCUUCCUUCUCCUCCUAGCAUUCGACGCCCAAGAGGAUCCAGUGGGCCUGACCAGUUCUUGCCCCACGGCUCGUUUCGGCAGCUUGUGCACCAGUUUCGACCCAGCCAACCUCGAGGUCAAUCCCGAUGACAUCCAGGACGCGAUAGACAAGCUUGCAACCUUUUCGGAUACACCAGCUCCGUCGGUCACCCGAAUCCUCUACACAGACAAUGAUGUUGCAGCAAGAAGCUUCAUUCGAGAACUUAUGGAGUCAGCACAGCUUACUGUCCGUGAGGAUGCUAUUGGAAAUAUCUUUGGCCGCUGGCAAGGGAGCGAGCCAUCCCAGGCUGUUGUUGCAUCGGGUUCACACACGGAUGCUAUUCCUUACGCUGGGAAAUAUGACGGCGUCGUUGGUGUUGUAGGCGCUGUGGAAGCUAUCAAAGCUCUGAGGAGAGCGGGAUUCCAGCCCAAGAGAUCAUUGGAAGCCAUAAUGUUCACGUCCGAGGAGCCCACUCGCUUCGGACUGAGCUGCAUUGGGAGCCGGGUGCUGGCGGGGGAUCCCAGGGUGGCCGUCUCCCUAGCCAAUGCUGUUGACGAGGACAAUAUAACCUUCACUCUAGCCGCAAAUCGAGCUGGAUAUGAUGAAGCCGGUGACAAUCUGCAAAGUGUUGCCGUGGGAAACGAGACAUAUGCCGCUUUUGUAGAGCUGCACAUUGAGCAAGGCCCCCUUCUCGAGGAGCAAGGUGUAUCCAUCGGGAUUGUCACCGCAAUCGCUGGGCCUGCGAGCCUUGGUGUCGAGUUUGCAGGGGGUGGAGGUCAUGCCGGGGCCGUACUGAUGCAUCUCAGGAAUGACGCAGGGCUUGCUGCCGCCGAGCUUGCUCUAGCUGUAGAGAGGCACGUCUUGGAAUCUGGUUCCCAAGACACGGUUGGAACCACCGGUAUGGUUAAGCUGUACCCAGGAGCGAUCAAUAGCAUCCCGCGGAAUGCACAGCUUGGCAUUGACAUAAGGGACAUCGAUGGAAGCCGAAGGGACGCCGUUGUGGAGAGGGUCCGGGCAACCGCGCACGAAAUUGCGGCCAGGCGCGGUGUGGUGUUGCAAAACUUUACAGUCGUUAACCAGGACCCGCCAGCGCAGAGCACGGACUUUGUAAUUGAAGCCGUGAAAGAAGCAUCAGAGGAGCUGGGCUUGGGCCACAAAAUGAUGAUCAGCAGAGCGUAUCACGACUCUCUCUUCAUGGCACGGAUCGCCCCUACCGCCAUGAUCUUCAUUCCCUGUUACCGGGGCUACAGCCACAGGCCCGACGAGCAUGCCACACUGGAGGACAUGGCGAAUGGCGUCCGAGUGCUUGCGUUGGCGCUUUCCAAGCUCUCCUCAAACUGACAAGCUCCUCUAGAAUAAAUUGAAAACAUGAGAAUGCCGCCUCUUCAA